AUGGAAGCAAACGGUAUUCCGCGAGCAUUCGUGAGAGGGCCUACAGAGCCACCACUUUAUUCGAAAACCUUUGGCCAGUUGCUCGAUGAGCAGGCAGCGAUUCACGGCAAGAGACGUGCAAUAUUAUCGCCAUGGCAGGGAAUAAACCUCUCCUACGAUGAACUAGCACAACGGAGCAAGCAUGUCGCCAAAGCCUUAUUGGGGAUGGGCUUGGCACACGGUGAUUGUGUCGGUAUCAUGGCUGGCAAUUCAUGCCAGCAUAUCGAAGUACUUAUGGGAGGGGCACGCAUCGGAUGUCCUGUCGUGUCUCUGCAUAGCACAUACACCCCUGAGGAGCUGAAGAGGGCCGUACGGAAAACCUCAUGCAAGCUCCUCUUCAUCGCAUCUCAAAUCGGCCGUCGAGACCUCUCCGCUCAUGUAGAAAUGGCGAAGGAUUGGUUGUCGUCAGGCGCACUCCCAAAUCUACGUGGGGUCCUUACUAUCGGACAGAGUGACUAUGAUGGCUAUGCUCAGGGCCUACACACGUACGAGGCCCUCUUUUCCGAGUACAAAGAAGGUGUAACGGCGCCUGAGGUCGAUGCAACAUUUCUGCUCGACUUGGCAGAGAAGGCCGUGACACCCGACGACGUGGUUCGCUUCGAGUUUACCUCUGGUACCACGGGAAACCCCAAAGCAGGAAUGUUAACAGCCACGUAUGCACAAACCCUAGCUACAAAUGAUGAGCCGCCUCUAACUUCAAGUAGUACCCUCCUUGGAUGUGGUUUUCUAGUCGGCGACCGCUUAAGCCUUACUCCGAAUGAUAUUAUCUGCUCUCCAGCUCCGCUAUUCCAUAGCUUCACUUUUGUAGUAGGGCUUCUUGCUCCCUUGACACAUGGUAGCUCAAUUGUUCUCCCGUCGGAUCACUUUGCUACACAUGCAGUCCUGGAAGCUAUACAGAAGCAAGCACCUACUGUCAUAUUAGGUGUCCCCACCAUGUUCGUGGCGGAGUUGGACGCUAUGGCCAAAGGACAGGCUGGCACUUCCCUCCGGGCGGCUGUGGUGGGAGGCUCUCCUAUGCCGUCCGCGUUGACAAAGAAAAUAUGUGACGUGAUGAACGUAAAGGAGGUCCAUGUCGUAUAUGGGAUGACGGAAGCAGGUCUUAUAUCCAUGGGCUCCCUUAAUGGGCUAGAGGAGUCGACAGGAAUGGUAGGACGCAUGAUGCCGCAUGUCUCUGCAAAGGUCUUGAAUAGAAGCGGCGAGGUGGCCAGCCGAGGAGAAAAGGGCGGACUUUAUACGAGUGGAUACUCAUUGCAAAAGGGAUACUUUGACGACGAAGAGAAGACGGCGGAGGCGAUGACACGGGAUAAAGACGGACACAUCUGGAUGCGCACGGGAGACGAAGCCGUCAUUGAUGAGAGUGGCUGCUGUCAUAUUACAGGGAGGAUCAAGGAUAUUAUUAUUCGAGUAGGCGGGGAGAACAUCUCCCCCUGGGAAGUCGAGAGUCGACUCGCUUUACAUCCGUCAAUCAGUGAAGCAAGUGUCUUCGGUCUACCUGAUACAAAGUAUGGGGAAGUUGUAGGUUGUUUCCUGAAAUGUGCGACUGGUGCGGAGAGGCUGUCAAACGAGGAGGUGCAGGGCUGGGUGAGAAAGACUUUAGCCUGGCAUAAGGCACCAGUGCACAUAUUUUGGAUCGGAGACCCUGGCGUUGCCGACGACUUCCCGAGAACAGGAAGUGGUAAGCACCAGAAGCAUGUCAUGAAGAAUAUUGGGGAAAGACUUAUUACUCCAAGAAGUAGCGCAUUAUGCGACCCCAGGUCGAUCUGUGAACUGUGGACAUAG